CUGAUCCAUCUGUUAUAUAAAUAUAUGUAUAUAAAGUUAUAUAUAUAUAUAUAUAAUUUUAUAUCUCUAUAUGAGUUUUAUAAUAUUUUUAUCCACUAAAUUAAAUAAUUAAUUAUUUAGUUAUUAAAUUUUCUAAAAGUACGUAGUUUCUUCAAUUUGUAAUGAAAUAUUAUUAUUUUAUAUCAAAUUUGUUUUUUAAUUUUUAUUUUUUUAUGGAUCAAAUCUGAUAUCUAGUAAAAAUACAGUUUUUCUGAAUAUCCAAAACACCAGAUAUAUGAAAAAUUACGGAUAAAAUCGAAUAAAAAAAUCGAUUGUUCGUACGGAGUGGAAUGAAUUACAGAUAAUCACUCCGUGUCCACCCUUAAUUUGGGGCCUAUGGCAACUAUGCCUUUUCAGAUACGCAGUAAGCACAGCUCUGCCCACGACAUCUAGUGGUUUGUCACUACUUCCUAACAAUCUCCCAAAUUUGAUAUUUAAAUCAUAUAUCUUAAUAUAGUUUGGCCUGCAAACUUAGCAUCUUUCAUGUCAAACACCUUCUAUAUGUUAUACUAUCAAUAGUGGAAUCAAUAGUGAUAAGUUAAGCUACAACAGGGUAAAUAAUAAAAACCAACUUGAUAUAAUUCAGCCAAAACUAGAAACCACAAGUCCUCCAGUUUGUUCUAUUUAUAGUUCAUAAACUCUUUUCUUCCACUUAAACAACCAAACCACCUAUGGCUUCCAAAAAACCUGUUAACCGCCCAUCAGUUAGGCACCCGAGUCACAACCAUCCAUUGCGCGUCUUUAAGGCCCAAAAUGAAGAUGAGAUUAUCUGUUCAGGAUGCGAGCUCGACCUAACCGGACAAGCUUUCAAGUGUACGAAGGACUGUGAUUACUUCUUGCACAAGUCAUGUUUUGACCUACCUUGUGAAAUCAAUCACAAGUCUCAUCCUGACCAUCCCAUAACCCUGUUUUAUUCUCCACCUUAUGAUCAUCAGUCUUACGAGUGUGACGCUUGCGGUGAGUACGGAUCAGGAUUCACUUACAAUUGUUCUGUGUGUAAAUACGACGUUCAUGUCGGAUGUGCUUUCAUCCCUGAGACAGUGGACCGUGAAGACCACAAACACCCACUCACUCUACUUUACAAGAUUCCUUGCGAAGAUGGCAAGAUAUACGUAUGUGAUGUUUGUGAAGAAGAGGUAUCGGAGAAUCUUUGGACUUAUUACUGCAAAGAAUGUGAUUACGGUACGCAUGUGCAUUCUUGCGCCCUUGAUGAAGAUUAUGAGGAGGAAGAGGAGGAGAAUCGAGAAUCCAGCUCCGCGGCUUCAAGGAUGAAGUCGUUGAUGAAGGCUCAAGACGAGAUGGCGGCGAUGAAGCUCGAGUCACGUAUGAAGAAAGCCGCUAAUAAUGCUAUUAUUUAUUCCAUAAGAUGAUGAUGAAGCUUGUCAUUGUUCUUUCUUUUAUGAAUGUUGUUUUUCUGUGUCUCAUUGAAAGUUCUUUUCUUAAAAUAAAUAAUAAAGUGAUUGAAGAAUAAUUCUUGAAUACAAUAGAGUUAUACAAACACAACAUGUAUAUAAAGAUACUAGUAAGAUCCUAGCUAUCUUUUGUACCGAGUCCAUUAAACACCAGUAGAAAUAGACAUUUAAGAAUCUUUUUUUUUUAAAACACGAGUAAACUAUAUUAACAGGUUAGUCUUCAAAUCUAAUAUAUCAAGUUGUUAUAAAAUAUAAGUUCAGACUCGAAAUAUAAAUGUCAGUCUAGUAUAUAUUCACCAGCUCGGUCUAAAAAUCAUCUAAUUCUAGAACAACAAAAAAAAUUACUUAUUUCACCAAUUCGAGUAAUAUUUGAAUCCGAACGGGUAAUAUCUGAACCCGAAUAGAUAUCUGAAGAUAACCAAACAUAAGUAUACUUAACCCUAUAUUUCUAGUGUACUUCUUUCAUUGUAUUCAAAAUAUUUAUAUUAAUAAUGCUUAUUGCUCAAAAUAAUAUACAUAUAAUUAUGGACAAAAUCAUCUAAUACUCACUUAAAUACAUAUCAAGCUUUUGUUUCUUGCAUUAAUAUUGCAUCUAAAAUUUCAAAACAACAACUAAAUUAGUAUAUUUAUAUUUUUAAAGUUUUAUCUCCAACCCUAUUAAUAUGUUAAUCUUUUAAAAAUUAGAAAACCAGUUAAGUUAAAAUAUAUUUUAAAUAAUUUAAACAAUGAAUUAUUUAUUUAUUUUUCUUCAAAAUUUAAAUAUCCGAACCUGAACCAAAAUAUCCGAACCCGAACAUAAAAUAC